GUGUCGCGCGGUUUGUGCUCAGUGUUGUGUCGCUGCUUUUCUGUAUUGGAUUUAUUUCACAAUUUAACUAAGUUGCCCCACCAGGACAACAACCUCUUCCUAAAGGUAUCCUGUACUGAGUUAACGUACUGCAAACGGAAAUUUUCAUGCCAUACGAGAUUAGAUACAGAGAGGGAGGACAUGGACCACUGACGUGAGAAUGAAAAUCCGAUUAUGAUGGAGCAAUGCAGCGACAACCGUCCUCCGCGCCAGCGCGACAACCCUUCUACCACGACCUCCCGAGAGGGUCCGAGGACGGAGUGAUGCACGAUUACAAGCACAAGUACGGGACCUUGUCGGGGGGCUCCGCCCUCUCCAAGUCCAUGAAGUACGCGGAGACGUGGCUGUACGGCUCCAUGGCGGCCCGGCCCUCCACCACGCGGCCCAGCCUCUUCAUGUACCCCGAGAUGUCGCCGCCUGCGGGCUACGCCCUCGUCAUGUGCGCGUGUGCGGAUUUCCUCUCCGGUACCACCCGGGGCAAGAAAAGCGCGGCGGUGUGCAAGAAGUGCGGCGGCUCGAGGAAGACGUCAUGGGACGCGUCUCCCACCCAGGUGCGGGGGUUCGGAACCGUGAGGCUGUCACAGCCCAAGAGUCGGCCGGAACUUCCCCGUCUGGACGACCUCAAGGAUCCGUACGACAUGAUGAGGAAGUCGAGGUUGGCGACAGUGAGUUCUCUGAGACCUCCUCCAGAUGGGAGGUCCAGAGCGAAGAGUAGUUCCCCGCGAGGGCGGAGGCGACGGAGCAAGUCACCCCCUCGGCAUCGCUCUCCUGACUCGCGGGUCCUGACGAACGGAGUGUGCAACGAGUCGGCGAGGAAGAGUAUCCUAGAAUGUGAUGUUAACCCUUACGAACUUAUUUCUCAGUAUUUAAAAAACGAUCCUAUAGACCCUAGGCUUUCUGUGGAAGAAGACGAGUUUAGUGAUAAUUUAAGUGAUAACGCGCUCGACGAUUAUGCGUACACGAGGAGAACGAAGAGAGAAGAUAAAAGGACGACGAAGAAGGCAGCGACGGUCGGUAGCACGAACAAAAAAGGGUUCCUGGACGCGUUGAGGAGUAAAUGGGACGACCAGGUGAGAGUGACGGACCCUGUACCUGGAGGUGUCAGUAUAGGAGGACAAAGGAUCAAACUGUUCAACAACAACGAGCCGAUCCCCAUCGUGACCAACUCCAACGAGUUUGUCUCCGACUCCGAGGACACCGAGGAGGAGAUCUACGACGUGGAGAAACACAAAGCGUGGUUCUCUGACAGAUCAGACUCAAAACCCACAGGCUCUCAAACACCCAAGACCACAAACUCACCGAAGAGGCCGCCUCGCAAACUAAAAACAUCUUUGGAACCUGUAAAUAAAAUAGAUACUCCAAAGACUACGAACGAGACCGGUAAAAACCGAGUCAACUUCGCCCUAGAUGUUCCUAACCAAACGAGUCGGCGAUCGAACUCGCUCACGUCCUCCGCGUCGUUAGAGAUCAAAAGUAUUUUGAAAAAGCCCAACUCUACAUUGAAUCUCGCUGAUACUGUGAAAAGUGUGAGUCCUAACAAGCUCGUUACCUCAACACCAAGGAGAGAUUCUUCAUCGGAAUCAGGAGCCCGUUCAGUCACUCCUAAUGUCGGGAAGAACUUCCGUCUGCCGUCCUUCAAAGACUACAAGCAACAACAACAGAACCGCAAGAAGAAGCAGGUGCAAUUCAGGGUGUCUGAGGAAGGAGAAUCAGCUGAUAGUGGAGAGAGUUCUGCAGUAGACGGGGAGAACAAUGUCUCAAACGGAGUAGAAUCCAAUCCGGACAUCGUCAUCACUGAUCCCGAAAGCUCUGAGGUUCUGAGACUACAGUUCUUCGGUGACAACCAAGAGGACACCGAGGCGGUCAACCAGGCGUUACCAGACCCAAGAAACAUCCUACUAGACUCGACAGCGAACUCUGCCGAAGAUCAUGAUGGAGCCAAAAACAGCAGUCUACAGAGAAGUCUCAGUGACCGCACCUCACCUGGCGCUGAGCCUGGCUGCAAGUUCAAUGAUACGAUGCGGUUGCGGCUGCGGACAGGAAGACGAGAUACAAGAGACACAUUCACAGACGGGAGGAAAUCGGAAAAACGAGUGCUAAGUCCUGGGAGACCGAGACCAAAGGAACCGCCCCCGCCGCCUCCGCCACCUGCUGAGACUGAGGAUACCUCCAGUGUACCACCCCCUCCACCCCCACCUCCUAGACAGAUCUUCCCCUUCACUAAAGAGGAGAUAGAGAAGAUCAACCAGAAGAGACCCAAGAGUGAAAUAAGACCGAGGAGUUCAUCAAACUCUCCAGUCAGACAGUCGGAAACUUCGCCUUCUGGAGUCCUUCCUAGACGAACGUCCUUGACAUUCCCCAUCACUUUAGUAGGAGCCAGAGAAGGAGAAGAAGGACCAUUGUGGCACAGAGAUUCUAGCGUCGUUGACAACAGCGUGGACACUAUCUUGUUGCCUCUGGAAGAAGAUGUUCCUACGAUGGAGACUCUGUCCAGUGUGACGGAGGUUUAUGAAGCUCUAGAACUGAAUUCCAAGCUGAGAGAAGACUCAGAGAGAAUCAUGUUCAAAGGUGAAUCUGUCAAACUACAUGUUCCUCCAGCAGAACCCGCUACUGUUGAAAAAGACGAGAGUCAGAAUUGUACAAUAGUGACGGUUUCCUCUACGACCCAAAAACUAUCAGUUACCAGUGCUAAAUCUCUUCCGAACAGAAGAACUUCUAUCAUGAUCACAGGAAAUCAAAAUGAUCAGAAUAACCUGAAUGUUAGUAAAACCUCAGUGAGAAUUGGAGAUUCCCCGUCGAUUAAUCCUGGAAGUAACAAAGUUACGAUUAACGUAGGUGGUUUUGAUUACCAGAAUUCUAAAAAUAAGACUGCAAAAAGCAAUACCCAAAUUGAAAUUAAAAACGACUUCAAGAGUAAUAUAACUAUCGGUCCUAGUGAAAAUAAAAGCAGGACUCUGUUGAUUUUGGAUUCCUCAUCAAACAAUGCUAUAACCAAAGAAACCGUUACUAAGUCAAAAGAAGACAACGUUAAAGAUAUUGUUAUCGAUAUUGUAGCACAAGAAGAAAUUAACAAUCUCAUUAGGAAUAAAAUAGAUCCUGUAGAAGCCGCAAGAAAAAACAUAGUUCCUCAUUUCUGUGGGAAGGCACAAGAAGAUGUUAGGGAGAAGGAUAACUCUGAAAAUAAGGCAGAAGAAGUCUUGGAAAAGGACAACGAAUGUUGUAACACUCUGAAUACACAAUCUUCAAUAGAAUCAGAGACAUUGGAUGAUGAUGUCUUUGCACCGAAAGAUGACAACUCUGACGACAACUCCGACUGUUAUGUCUGUGCCAAAAAGUUGAAAGCUAAACAGAAGCAAGAGGAUGAAGAAAUCAGGGUUGGAUUGGAAUUUGACUCGGAUGAAAACCAUUACGAGAUCAUUAGGGAUCCAAUUUAUGAAGAAAUUUCAGACACUCCGCCUCCUUUACCUCUAUCUCCACCACCUGCUUCUGUGGACAUUGAUGACUCAAUUCCAACAAGGUCUAUCUUUGAGGGAGCCAGUAAAUAUGACAUUUUAAAUUAUUUGGAAACAGCGAAAGAGAGAGGAAUAGUGAUAGAGUCCGAAGACGAUUCUGAAGUGAGAAGCCCCGAACAUUCCCGCAUCAGUUCACUAGACUUGAGUAGUCGGAUUAGCCAACUUAGCAAUGCUAGCGACUCUAGCGAAGACUCUUGCAACCUGAUAAUUUCCCCACCAGAUACCGCUUCUAUCACUUCUGAUAAGGUGCGCAAGAGCAGUGUCGAGAUAGAGAGGAAUGACUCAGGAGUCGGCUCGGAGACCAGCAAGUGUUCCCGCAGUAGAUGGCAGCACGUGCCUGCGACUCAUCACCACGGGUGUGAGGACUGCGACCAACCAGUGGAGACACAGGUCACGGACAGUGGUCUUAUGUUUGCCCCCUUGGUGUGUCGGAAGUGCGCCAAACGGCGAGCAGAGCGACGAGAAAUAAUCACCGAGAUCGUUGAGACGGAGGAAAAGUACGGACGAGAUCUGAGGAUAAUCCUGGACGAGUUUUACAGACCAAUGUUGGUCGCUGGACUCCUCACUCCUGACCAACUCUCGGCUAUAUUCCUCAACGUGGAAGAACUGUUGGAAAAUAACGCUUCACUGGCGGAGAAACUACGAGACGCGCUGGAGAUCGCUCUAGACCAAGGAGAUGAGGAUUUCUUGACUGUCAACAUCGGAAGUAUUUUCCUAGACGCUGCUCCGAUGCUUCACGCUUUCGAAUCCUACUGCACAAGACAGGGAGCCGCUUCCCUGCUUCUGGCCAACCUGGAGAAGGAGAAGGAGCUGCUCCGGAUCUUCCUGAGGGUUUCACAGAUGGAGAACUCUGUCCUGCGAAGGAUGAACCUCAACUCUUUCUUGAUGGUGCCUGUGCAGCGCGUAACCAAAUACCCGCUACUGUUGGCGCGCCUGUACCGUGUAACACCGACGCAUCUCAAGUCGAGAGAAGCCCUUCGGCUUGCACAGAACAAGAUUGAACUGCACUUGGAGCAUAUCAACUCGCUAGCUAAGGACAUCAGCACAACCAGACUAUGGAGGAGGAUAUCAAUAAUAAACGGAAGACGAUCGAGCAGUGAAACUGACAUGGUGAACAUCAAGCUGAGAAAGGUUGCCGUGGACGUGUUGGAAUGGAACCACGACGAGGUUAGGUUUGCGAUGGAAGGAAAGCUUCUCUUCACUCAACCGACCGACAACAAUUGGAGAAGAGGAAGAACAAUCAAGCUGAGCCCAAUAAACGCCAUGUUGGUCACUUUAGGCAAGCCGACUGAAGACUACCAACCUGAUUCUGAUGAAUUAUUGGCCUUCCCCAGAAAGAAUGGUAUUAGGGACGCGACGCUUCUGUUGCUGAAAGAAAAAAGUGGUCGAUAUGGGUUGCUGAGGGAACCUCUGUUCUUGGACCGAUGCAUCAUCUGUUGCGAGGCUGAUGUUGAAGAUUACUUUGAAGUUCAAGAACUCGCUACUAAAGACACAUAUUUGUUUAAGGCUGAAGACGGAGACCAGACCAAGAGAUGGUUCAGACAGCUACAGUAUCACGCGCAAGGGCUCGGCGCGUGGCGCAAACGACGCAACGCUCUCGCUAACAUCAUGAUCAACGGCAUGCAGCUGCGCACCUAGCGAUGGCUGCCCCUACUGACGAUACGCUACGCCUCCGUCACCAUCACGAUGGAGACCCGCGUACCGCCGAGCUGACAGUGCACAAAUCAGUACAAAAAAAUCUAACUUUGAAAGUGUAACAUAAUGUAAUUUUGUACGACUCGGACAUCCAAUAGCUUUUUACAUCUAACUUAUAUUCAGUGUAAUAUUUGUAUUAUUUGUCGAUACUUGUAAAGUGUUCAUUGUGAUAUUUAUGUAAACUUUGUAUUAUGUAUCCCUGUAAAAUUAUUUGUAAAUAUUGAAAAAGUAUUAACAUGUUACUUUUAGCGCUUGA